ACUGAGGGCAGGGCUAUGGUUCCAUUGGAUUGGAUGAUGUCAUUGUAGACAGGGCCAUGGUUCCAUCAGAUUGGAUGAUGUCAUUGUAGACAGGGCCAUGGUUACAUUAUACGUUACGAUGUCACUGAAGGUGUGGCUAUGGAAUUAGACAUUCAUGUGAUUUCAUUUGUGCAAGGCAGAAAAAUACUGAUCUCCCUGAGGAUAUGAUGUCACUUAAAGUGCGGCUAUAAAAUGUGACAAGUCACACAGGAUGCCAUGAUGUCACUGAGGGCGGGGCUAUUGGAUUGGUGACGGCGCGGCUAUAAAUUGAGAUAAUGAUGGAACUGUCUGCCCAGGGACACAUGACCUGCAUCACACUACAAUUGUGUUUAAAUACGGAAGAAGAAAAUCAAAAAGUCUUAAAUCUAACUUGGCGGUGACAUAGUCCUGUGUCUACCUGUUAUCUGGCCCUGACCUAGUGCCCUCACACCCGGACCCUCCACAGAUGGGGCUCUAAUCUGGACACUGGACGUCUUCCAAUCCUCCUCAAGGUCUGAUCAGCUUUUCCCUUCGUGUUCCGUCCUUCAGGACACCAUGAACUGGCGCCAUUCCCAAGGAACAGUAUGGAUCCUCUGGAGAAGGCAGACAGGCUUUAAACUGUCCGAGCAUGCUGGGAGUUGAAGUUUAGCAACAUCCGGAGUGCCACAAUUUGAGACCACUGUUCUAGCCAUGUAGGCCGCCAUUGGGUCUAUAGGAGAACGCCAGGACGCGUACCCCGUAAGGAGAGAAGACGAGGACCCCGCUAGAAGACAAGCUGUUUGUUCUUCUGGAUGUUUCUUAAUGACUGGGGGUUCGGCGGCGCCUUAGGGUGACUCUUCAGCAUUGUGGGGUUGGACUCCUGCCGGGGACUGAGUGACAUUUAUCAGGCACCGUCCAUAGAUCUCUGUGCUGCGGAGUGUUCAGGCACCCUGGAGGUCACCGCAUUGGGGCUCCUGAUGCUGCAUGAAAGGACAGCUGAAUUUACUGUGGCCGUCUGCCUAUGUGUGGCUGGCAAGUGUGUGCUAUGCAUUUGGCUUCCUGGAUAUUCUUCCUCAGCCUGUCAUUCUACUGCGUUGAAGGUACCAUCCGAUCGGACGCUCAGGCUGUGGUUGGCCGUGUAGGAGAGAGUGCGGUGCUGCCGUGCAGCCUCCUCCAGGACGCGGGCCGCCCUCCCCUCUAUGUCAUCGAGUGGGUGCGCUUUGGCUUCAUCCUCCCCAUUUUUAUCAAAUUUGGCCUCUUCUCCCCUCGUGUCGACCCUCAAUAUCUUGGACGCUCGCGGAUAGAGGAGGGGGCUUCUUUAAGCAUUGACUCCCUCCGUUCGGAUGACCAGGGCUGGUAUGAGUGCAGGGUGCUGUUCUUGGAUCGUCACCACACCGAUGAGGACUUCAAGAAUGGGACCUGGAUCCAUCUUACUGUGAACUCCCCACCUUCUUUCAUUGAGACUCCGCCCAUAUACGUAGAGGUUCGCGUCGGCGACUCGUUGACCCUCACUUGCGUGGCCAACGGGAACCCCCAGCCGGUCAUCUCCUGGAAGCAGGACAACGUUAACGUAGCAAACGGGGACAAGAUCCAGGUCAAUAAUGGGUCCUUGCGUAUAAUCGGGGUGCAGCGCUCCCAUGCCGGUGCCUACACGUGCCACGCCGCCAGUGAAGAGGGGGAGGUGACCCACACCAGCCGUGUCCUGGUCCAAGGUCCGCCCGUUAUCGUCGUCCCCCCGGAAAACAUCACCGUGAACGUUUCACAGGACGCCUUCCUGACCUGCCAGGCUGAGGCCUACCCCACCAACCUCACCUACAGCUGGUUUCACGGGAAUAGCAACGUCUAUCUCCUCAGCCGUCUCCAGUCCCGGGUGCGGAUCUUGGUGGAUGGGAGUUUUCUGUUACAACAAGUCACCCCGGAGGAUUCUGGGAAAUACACCUGUAUCCCCAGCAACGGGAUGUGGAAGUCUCCGUCCGCCUCGGCCUACCUCACUGUGCUGCACCCCGCCUAUGUGACCGACAUGCCGACAGAAACCUUCCUGCCCGUCGGGAUGAGGGGUGUGAUCCGCUGUCCCACAAGAGCCAACCCACCAUUGUUGUUUGUCAACUGGACCAAGGAUGGGAGCCCUCUUGAUCUGGACAAGUACCCUGGCUGGCACUUACAAGAAGACAGCUCCAUCAUGGUGGCCACGAGUAAUGAUGACGCUCCCGGCACCUACACGUGUACCCCAUAUAACAGCUAUGGCACAAGCGGCAUGUCACUGCCCACCGUGGUUAUCUUAAAGGAUCCUCCAUCAUUCAUCGAUCUCCCCAAAGACGAGUAUUUCCAGGAUGUCGGGAGAGAGCUGAUCGUUCCUUGCUCAGCAACGGGGGACCCUCCCCCCAUCAUAAGCUGGACUAAGUUGGGGCUACCUGGGAAAAGUAUCGCUCAGAUGGACGUCAAUGGCAGCUUGGUGUUUCGGCCACUUACUAAGGAGGAACACGGUGAAUGGGAGUGCACUGCGGCCAACAAUGUAGCAAGCAUCAGUGCACUCACCACCAUCUUUGUUUUGGGCACCAGUCCCCACAUGGUGAGCAACGUUUCGGCCCAGCCACUGGUAUCGGCAGUGAACAUCAGCUGGGCUGGCGGCUUUGAUGGAGGAUAUUUCCAGCGGUUCAGCGUUUGGUAUGCCCCGCUGGUAAAGCGACUGUCUCACGGUCACCAUGAAUGGAUCUCCCUUUCGGCGCCGGUCGGAGCCAGUUCGCUGGUGGUGGAGAACCUGCAGGCCGACAGCCCCUACCAGUUCAGCGUGUUGUCUCAGAACAAGCUGGGAAGCGGCCCGUUCAGUGAAAUUGUGACCGCCUCUCCUCUCAGUGUCCCACCCACCACAUUGCCUCCUCCUGUACCCACCACAGACUCUAGAGAUACCCUCACCCCUCCUCGCUUCCUGGCUGCCAACGAGACUUCCGGCGGAGUGCUGCUGACAUGGGCGCCGCCCCUACGAUCCUUGUAUCCCCUGCGCGCGUAUGGCCUGGAGUGCCGGCGGGAUGAGGGAGACUGGGAGCUGCUCGAUGACGCCAUACUGACCACGCAGACCGAGCUGCUCGUUCCUGGACUGGUUAAGGACGCCCUGUACGAGUUCCGCUUGGUGGCGUUUGCUGGAGAUUACAUCAGCGAUCCCAGUAAUUCUGUGAAUAUCUCUACUGCAGGGAUGAAGGUCUACCCCUCGCAGACAGAGCAUCCGGAGGUCCAGCAGAAGUCUCUUAUGGCGGGAGUAGUCGGGGGCAUCUGCUUCCUUACACUGGCAAUUAUCCUCAGCACCAUAGUGGCCUGCUUGAUGAACCGGCGCAGAGCCAGACGAAGGCGCAAACGGAGGCAGCAAGAUGCACCAAUGGUCUUCUCCCAACCCAAGAAAGCUUCUCCUUCACAAAAUACUAAUGGUUCUAACAGCCCCGACAGUCUCGUGAGGCUCAAGCUUCAAGUGUCACCGUACGAAAGCUUCCGUAAAUCUCUCCACUUGGGUGAGAAAACUGUGAAUAACCUUGGUGUGAGCCAUGGAAGCAGCACAAGUGGCAGAUACACCAUUUACGAGAGUAAUGUCGGAGAGUGUGUUCCUUUGGAGAGGAUAAGCCGCGGACCCGAUGGACGUUUCGUGGUGGAGACAGACACUUGGCCAAACAGAGGGAGCAUCCGAGGCUUUCCAUAUGUGACAGAGACUGAUCUCUAUCCAGAGUUCAAUGCCAGGGACUCAUCAGACCUGAGUCAGUGCUCGCAGGCCAAAACAUACUUGCAGGUUUGCCAAUUACCCGAGCGACCAUCGGAAUCCUGGAGAGAUGAAGUGAAGAUGAGACCGAAGGCUACUGGGCAGGCUCGUAAGGAGGCAAGGGAUUCUGGAUACCGUCAAGGGAGAUACUUUGGUUGCAGCAGCAGUCCUUUGGAUGAGGCAAAACCCUUUCGGAUUCCAGACAUUAGUCCCGUGACCUCUACUGCAGCUUUACCUUAUAGUCAGGUGGAAGAAGCACGAUGUGGAGAAUCUGCUCAACAGGAAGGUGAAUUGGAGAGGACCAUUUCUACACUCCGAGAAUCAGAGACUGACUGUAUCUCGUCAUUGAGCACAGUUAUUAGAGCACCUUCUUUACUGUUACAGAAACCCUUAGUGCUCAGUGACCAAGCAAGCCAACUGAGACAUAGCUUGUCCACGCAGAGUGGCAUCCUCCAGUACUUGAGUUUACCAUUCUUCAAAGAGAUGAGCGUGGACGGAGACUGGCCAGUGGAAGACGAGGCCCAGACCAGAUCAUCAGAGGCAAGCUCUUCAGAGACUGAUAAAGAUACUCCUAAUAAUGUACAUAUGGAUGAUAGGACAUUAAUGGAUGUUGAUGGCACAAGCGGGGUUCGUAAAGAAGAAUCUCCAUGUGCCCCCCACCAGUUGUUGUCUCUUGACUACUUGAGCUGCAAACAAGAGCAAUCUGUGCCUGUUAAGUCAUUUCUUAAGCCACCGGAGCCUAACUUGGGGCCAGCAAAGGCAAUCUUACCUGGUAGCCUCAUGUGGACUCAACCACCCGAAAAUGCUGAACGUUUAAAGAUAGGGCAAAGAGCACAAUGGGACCAUGGACAUGCCCACCUGGAUAGUAGUAGAAUUGGCCACCAUAAUCCUUCUCAUUGUGAUUGCCCUUUAAAGGACCAGCCACUCUCAGUGUUCACGGACUUCCAUGCUCUGGAAAAACAAAGGCCUCCAGUAGACAGAUCUCUCUUUUUCCAUGGCUCGGAGAAAGUAAUGCGGAGCAGUCUCACCAGCCAGAGCAGUGGCAGAGGGAGUGUUUCGUUCCUUAGACCCCCAUCUUUGGCACAGUCUGUGGGGGGCAGCUACCUCAACUCACCAUUAGGUGAAACAUCUAGCUGGUACAGUGGAGGGGGCUCCCAGGGCUCCAGCGCAGAGGACUAUAGACACAGAAAGGACUCUUUAUUAGCUACUGUAAGCAACAGGAGGAAUACAUCUGUGGAUGAGAAUUAUGAAUGGGACUCUGAGUUUACCCUGGAAGUUGAUCUUCUGGAUGCUCUUCAAGUCUAUCGUGGCGGCAACAGUGGCCAAACCAUCUCCACCAUCUCUGUGGGGGAGGUAGAAAGACAAAAUGUAAAGCUUCCUUCAGAGGCGGCUCCAUGCCCGGCUGGUUCGGGACCAGUGGAUACUCUUGAUAGUCGCUACCCUCAGGCGUUGUCCAGCCCAGAAGAACGUUGCGCAGCCUUGAAGGAGGAGUUUUUAGAAUAUCAGAGGCGUAGACAAGCAGCACAGAAAAUACAUACAAGGAACAAGGACUACGAAGAAUGUUUUGAACAGGCUACACUGUUAUGACCCCCAUCGCUGUUCCCUAGACUGGAACAUUUAUGUGCAACAAGACCAGAAGGGACACUGUUAUUGAGGUCACUAUCAGGGGUAUUUUCAUCUCUAGUCUGAGUUUACCAUCAUGUUUACUAAUACCGGCCAAAAAAACAUCAGGUUUAUUGUCAAUUAAUAUAAAAAAGUGCUGUGAUGUGGGUUACUUUGGCAUCAUCUGUGAUCCCAUGGUGGUGCCACAAAAAAAAAAAAUUGUUACCGAUUAUUAUAAGAUGUACCUAAAUUAUAGGAUGUACCUAAAAUCUGUCCAAACUAAAUAAGAUUUUUAAUUCAUCCACUGCCUGUGAUGUCACAGGGCCUAAAAUGAUUCUUGAAAUUCUUAUAUGUUUUUUUAGUCACAAACUUGUAUCUAUGAUACAUGGGAAGUAUUAAAGAAUGUGCUUGUUCAACUGGCAUGUUAGGUUGAGAAAGUAUUAUCUGGGAUAAGAAGCAACCAAUUGCCCGCAGAAUGGCCUCAGUAGGCAUCUCAGGGGCCUAGUUUCUAUUAUGUUUCUUUUUUUGCUGUCAUUUACUGCAUUCUCAGACAGAGGUGAGAGGUGCAUGUUCUUAUGGACAUCUCCGUACAUGCAUAUUGAAAGAAAUUUCAGCAUUAACCUUGGUGCAAGCAUCUUUGUUGGAAUGGGGGAGGGUUCCCCUGGGAAACAAAGGCAGCUGAAACCUUUCAUCACUUUCCUCCUUAGCUCCCAGCUUGACAGGAGAUGAGUUUUUUGGGGGGGAAUUUGGCCAAUCUCUUUCGGCUUAACAUCUUUACUGACAGAAGUCCUGGCUCUUUUUUCUUAUUCUAUGAGUAUACUCCUUAGAGAGUAUAUAGGGAUCUAUUUGUAAAAAAGCGUAAGUGUCGACUGCUGCAACCAAUAGAUUUACUGUCAUUUUACUAGUAUUAGGAAAUAAAAACAGCCAUGAGAUUGGAAGCUGCAGACAUCAAAUGGGUUGUCCAAUCUGCCCCUUAUAAGUAAUAAAGCCAAGUUGGAAAAGAGAGCACAAUAGAUAGAUGCACAGAAUCCUGGCAUGGAUGCUCAACGUCAGUAAUAUUGGCCAAGUUAUCAGCAUGUCAUUCCCAAUUGGGUGCGUAAGUUGAGAGUGUUUUAUUGUAUAUGUACCAGUCGGUGUUUAAUAUUCACUAAAAAGGGGUUUUAUAGUGCAUAUAAUCCUCUGGAAAAUGCCUUACUGGGGCAAAUUGAAAAAUACCCUAAAAAUCGAGAGCCCCCUCUAUGUCAGCCAGGGCUAAAGACCGCCAGCGCCCAUGUAGCUGGUACUGGUAUAUGUCCUACAGUUGUAAGCACUUAAUAAGGUUUUAGACAUUUUUUUAGACCAACAAGUUAUUCCAAGAUCAGUUCUGUAUUACGACUUCAUAAAUCACCCGUAUGACAUGAUUUAUGGGGUGUUGUGCACAAAGUAUCAUUCCUAAUAGAACACAACUGGGGCUUAGUCACAGCAGACAGGCUGACAUGGAAUGCUGUACACUGAGGAGGCACAAGGCACAAUGAGCCUCAUGAUUAUUCUUUCCACUAUAUAAAAUAGGAUUCCUUGGAAUGUACGGCCAUUCGGUCAGUCACCAGGGACAGUUGUUUAGGUCCUUGUCUAGGCCCAGGGUUGGGAUGAACAGGUGGCUGUAAGAACUUGUCUACUUAUUAUAUAUAUGAAAACCUAAAUGCUGAUCCCGAUCCUCUA